UGCAAAUUUAAUGACUGCAAUCUCUGUGGCAACCUAAGUCAACAUGUCCAGGAAGGACAAGGGUUGUAGCAGAGGGGAGAUGCUCUUUCUGACCACAUUGUUGAUGAAGUAUGCUAGAUUGUGCCCAGAGUAUAAAUUGUGUUGGGAAAAGACAGAAAACUGGAACAGCUAAAGAUUACUAAAUUGUCCUAAUUGUGAAUGGAGAAUUAGAUGAAGACAACAACCUGAUAAAAUCAGGGCAUGGUUGUAGAUGAGGAUGAGUCUUUUGGGGGGUGGUCUGGCUGUGCUCAAAUGGCUUCCCAUGAAGAAUGGUGUAUCAGAUCAACACUAAAGCCACAAAUGCAAGGUCCCUUUGAAUUUUCUGAGGAAUGGGAAGGUGUGUGUAUUCUAAUCCUCCUUUGACAGACCCAUGGACAGAUCCUAACCAUCAUUUUUAAUACUUUUAGUAAAACUGGAAUACUGACUUGACUGGGAGGCAAGAGCCAUAGAAGCUUCUGUAGUUGAAGAAAGGGGUUUCUGGGAUUGCAUCAGGCCUCCAAAGUUGAAUUUUCUCUGUCCUUAGAACAUGAGUGCUGAAGCAUAAUACGGCCACUGGCCCAAAUGUUUAGAGAUUAUAAUUCUGAAAAAUUCAAAAUCCUUUUUGCCAUUUUUAUUUUGACUCCCAAAAGGAACCAUAUGGGCUAUGAAUGCAUUUCUCUUUCCCACUGUACUCCUUAGAAAAACCUCAGAGGAGGCACAUGAACCAUAUAAAAUGGAGUAUUAGAAUAAAAAGCAUUUCCUGCAAUUAUGUAAAUGUCCACAGACUGAGGGCAAUUUCUCUCCCUUGAUAGUUUCAUUGUAUUUCAUACAAAUUCAUCUUCAGUCUUUUUAUUAAAUCUAUUCAAAGGAUUGUCCAGAUCAAAUGAUCAAAUGGAAAAAUUCUCUUCCAUUCAGAUCUAAACUUGUGAUUAAAAUGAAAAAUGUAAUAUUUUUGAAAUAAAAGUAACAGAAAAAAACAUAAUACAAUCUUCUGUAAUAUGGAACAACUUUUUUGUGUUCCUAUUAUUUUGUUGUUACUUUUACUUUUGUUAUAGUUUUUACCUGCACCUGUGCUUCUUGUUGGUUGGUUCCAUUUUCUUUAUUUUCUUGAACAUGAUAAAUGAGUUAGGAUUGAAAAAAAUUUAAGAAAUGAGACAAUUGUUUUAAUUAUACCUCUACAAGUGAAACAUAGAUUUUAGAUUCAAAACAAAACAAAACAAAAUAGCAUUAAGAUUUGUCCAAAGAAAUGCAGUAUGGGAAGCUUUAACCAAAAACUGUCUACUAUUGACCUCACCCCAUUCCUAAGAGGUCUGUAAGGGGCGUGCAUAAGAACACAAGCGUGCCUACCAUUCCUGUCCUAUUGUUUCCUUUCGUUAUAUAUAAUUAAUAUAGUUAUUACAUACUUAUGCUUAUAUAUAUGCUUAUAUAUUAUAUAGUUACUUUCAUGCUUAUGCUUAUAUAUACUGUUGUGACAAAAUAAAUAAAUAAAUAAAUAAAUAAAUAAAUAAAUAAAUAAAUAAAUAAAUAAAUAAAUGUGUGAUGCAUUCAACCUCCAGGUCUUCCAGAUUAAGCCCCCUUUCUCUCAGCCCCGACCUAAGUAAAUUCUCUACAAGGUAGAAACAAAGCCAUUACAACUAUCUGCAUUUCAUGUUAACCUGCAAGCCACUGAAAUUUCAGAGUGCCACUUUUAGUGCAUACUUAUCUCUUUGUUCUGCUGCUACCAGAUGUUGAUGAGCUUCCGCAUGAAUUCUGCUUUUGUAAUUUGUUCCUGAUGCCAAGAGGUGGCUCUCUAGGCCAAGUGACCUUUCUGGUGAGGCGGGGAAUUCAAGCGUAUUAAAAGAAGGGAAGCUGGGCAAAGAUAUUCAGACAGGAGCAGAGUGGCAGUAGGGAUGUAAUCAGACAAGCAUACGAGUCCAUGGUUUGAAAAAGAGAGCAUUGAAAAGAGGUUGGGCCAAGCACUCCAAGGCAGCUAAAGCUGUGAAUGCAACCAUCAUGGGACUUCUGUGGUUUUGAUACAGUUUUAUCUAUGCUCUGACUGAGAAUCCAGGAGAAAGAGAGCAAAAAGCUUCUGUGCCAUCUGGAUGGACUCAUUUCUUUAAGGGCAGCCUGAAACUCCUGAUUUCUGCUACUUGGCUGCUUUUGAAGUAGUCCUACGAAAACCUCUUACCCAUCUUUGACCCUGAAGAAGAAACUGAAACGCUCUUUCUGAUCUAAUGAUCAGGUGCAAUUGAUGUGUGUGUACUCACACAGCUAAUUUUUUAAAACCUUACUUUUUUACAAGCUUUUUUUUAAAAAAGAAAAAGUUGAUAUUCUUGGACAAGUCUGUGAAAAAAUAAAUUGAAGAUACAUUGGAUAACUUCUGCUUGCAGUUAGUAUUCCUUUGUGGAAUUUUCACAGAUAUACAGACUACUGCAUACUUUUUUGAAAGACCACAGAUUAACUUUGUCUUUGUGUUCUUGAGAAGUUCCCGGCCAUAUCUAAUUCUAGUUCUCUAUAUAAAUCAAGGAAUCAAUUAUGUGCCAGAAUAUGGCAAGGCCUUUCCUUUCUGGUUGCCCACUUCAAUUAUUGGCUAUGAGUCUACUAGCAAUGUUUUUUUGUGCCAGCACUGUGGAAAAUGAGAAACAGGAAAACAGAAGGAACCAGGAAAAGGCAUCCCGAUGGAAUGAAACGAGCAGUCUUCCCUUGCCAUCAUCCCAGGAUUCAGAAAAUACUUCACAAAAGAUUCAUAGCUCUGAUUCCCGGAAUGCUUGGAUGCUCCUCAUGAACAAUGAAGUGAGGAACAAAAAAAUGAAUAAAAACAAGUCCAGAAAGAUUAAGUUUGGCAUUCCAGGCCUGUUAGAGGCUGCAGAGUCAGCACAACCUCGUCCAGAUACUAUUACUCAGGAGAAAUUGCUGAGGGAAUUCCAACUGCUGCUCAAAGGAAUAAUUAGGAAGCAAGAAAGGAUCAAUAUGAAAACCACCAGCAAAAUGUGCCAGCAUGGAGAAGAUGGAGAUGGGAAAAAAGAGAAUUUAUUUGCCCAAAAUAGGAUCCCAUUGAUAAAAAGCAGGGAACAAGGACGAAUAGAAGCAGCAUUCCACUGCCAGACCCGGAAGAACAUUUCAGUGGAUCGACGGUCCCUUCAAGAACUUCAACUUUAUUAUAUACCUAAGAAAGAGGAGCUAUUCCAUCGUGGCCUAGGUCUUAACCUCCACAAUGGUCAAUAUAUGGCCCCUGUCAGUGGAUACUACAUUUUCAGUGCCAGACUGUAUGUUGUUCCUCAAAUCCAUCCCACAAGGUACCAGUCACGGGCCAGAGAUCGCUUGCGCUUGCUGAUCUGUGUUGAGUCACUCUGCCGCCAGAAAAGUUCUCUGGAAACAGUCAGCCGUUUGGACAAAGCCAGUGAAUAUUUCACUAUUUCAGUCAGUGGAAUUCUUUUUCUGCAGGCUGGCCAGUAUGCUUCAGUUUUCAUAGAUAAUGCAACAGGAUCCUCCUUCAUUGUACGAAGUGGGUCAGACUUCAAGGGUGUCCUCUUAGGUAUCUAAGUGACCCUGAACUGCCCAUUUUAAGCUGAAAUCCUGCCUUUAAUCAGCUCUAAGCUAAGCUUCUGUCUUUGGUCAAGUGGAAUUGGAAUCACUAGAAGGAAGCACAGAUCCUUGAUUAAACAUCCAAAGGUGAAAAAUGUGAUUAUAGAAAGAGUUCAGCAUGUGGCAGAACAUCCAAAGAAAGCAAGACUACAAGUGACAUUUGACUGAAGACAAUUUAUAUUUUCCUCUAGCACUAAGUUUGAAAUUUGACCGUUCUGCUUCCUAGUUUACUUUUGGACGUGGCUCUCAACUCUACUUUAAUCCCAAGGAUAUAGUACUUGCUGUUCCCUCCACAAUAGAAUGUCUUUGUAAAACAUUGGCAUUUCCUGAAGAUACUGUCUUAUCAGCUCAAAGUCUUUCAUUAAGAGUAUCAAACACUUCUACCACUCUGCACAAAUGCACUUACAGAAAUCCUCCAGUGUUUUAACUUUUGUUCAUUUGUAUUUUAUCUUUCUUCUAAGAGCUCAUGAUGGUAAACUGUCUGCUCUAAUAAUUAUCCCCACCAAUAUCUUUUCCUGGACUGAAGUCACCGCAUGAAUUUUCAUAGUAUACAAUGAACUUUAGUUCAAAUCUCCCUGGUUCCAUAUCUAAACCCCUGUCCUACAUUAACCAAUGUGAAAUGUCCUUUUGUUAGGUACUUGAUGACUCUUAACUGAUGACACAGAUAAUUACAGUAGUACUGGGUUGCUUCUAAAUGCUGCUAACCAUAUAAGCUGUUGCCUUACACCUGUCAGAUUACAUUGUUUCAGUGCACUAAAUCCAAUGAAUGGAGGAAGGGCAAGUGCAUUUUAAACUUAAUUCCUAAUUGUAUCAGAGCAAGUUUAUGAAGUUAUGUGCUCAGGCAUCCACCGAUUACAGUAAGGGAACUUUUCUUUCAGAGUAAUGUCUUUAUUUUCCCUGUAGCUAUCAGAACUGUAGCGUGAUAGCCAACAAAACCAACACAGUACCACCCUCUAGUCCUACAGCACCACUGGCACGUAGGCAAAUUUUUAAGCCAUUUCUUUAAUUUAUGUAUCAGAGAAAUGCAGAGGACACGCCCUUAUCUAUUUCAGCCUGAAAGCCACUUAACUGCUGCUCCUUCUCAUAAUCGCUUUCUAUAAGCAAAUACGUAAUAUAUUUUAGCAAAACAGGUUGGGAAUUAUAGCAGCAGGCAGAGACCAGCUCAGUUUGAACACGAGUUUAUAGGUCCACAGUAAUCACACAUUGGCAAGUUCUA